GCGCAGCCCGCCGACAGCAGCGCUCUCGCCCGUGCCCGGGCCGCGGUCCCCUCUCCCUCCGGUGCCGCGGCGACCAUGGCCCUUCCCGCCUUCUCCUCCGACGCCGGCUACAUCCGCACGGUGCUGGGCUCGCCGGUGCUGGGCGAGUUGGACAGCUCCACCCUGGCGCUGCCUGCCAGGCUGUCGCACGGCCGAGCCGAGGCGCAGAAGUCUCUCCGCAUCCAGCGACAGGUCGAGGAGACCCUGGCCAGGAAAAGCAAGGGCUCCUUGGUCAACGGAAGUCUCCAUCGGACCUCCAGUGUUCCAGAAUACGUGUAUAAAUUAGAUGCAGUCGAAACAGACUUUGCAUCAAGACCUUUUCUUGUAAGUGCAUCUUACAGCUCUCAUCAGCAAACAGGCUCCCAUACCAGCUAUGAAAAUGGCUGGGGUCUUCGGACUCUGCCAUACAACCACUACAGGGUGAUGGAAGAGAAAUCUCAAAGGCAGCCCUUGAAGAGACUGGAGGUUUCACCUAAUGGCAGUCCGGACAAGCUGGCUUACUUCCAGAACGGCUUCCAGUACAACAGGGGGCUAAAUUUGCGCUACGGCGAGAGCAAGAGAUCCAGUGACAUGCCCCCAAGAUACGCACGCUCCGAGAUCGUCAGCUCCAGAAACCGCAGCGCUGCAAGUCAAGGGCAACGGGUUCAGAGGCAGUUCUACAUUGGGGCUGCCAACGGCACUGCCGUGGACGGCAUCCCCACCAGCCCAGGAGCGCCAGUCUAUCAGCGUCCUAGGAGCAGUCGGAGCAUGGUCAACCUUCUGGAGAGAGAGAGUUACCUGACUUCUGGAGCGGCCUUGGGCCAGAUGCACAGGGAGGCUCUGAGGUCAAGCUGGCAUCAGUCCACCUUCCGGUCGCAGGACACGAGGGAAGCCUCUCAGCUAGCGUCGAUCAGCAGCGCUACGGCAGAGGGAGGCGGGAAGGGGACAAUGACAGCCGCGAUGGCAGCUGCAGCAGGGAGCGCGUUCGCUGAGCAAGAAAAGAUAGCCACCACUGGAUUUCGCCAUGGGAAUUCAGAAAUGGAGAUGACUCUGGAGCGUGCGGUGUAUAUAUUGCAGACAGAAAAUGCCUCUUCCCCCCGAGUCCUUGCUGCAACUGUCUUUAUUCAGCAUGAGAGCUUCCAGAGAGCAGAAGCAAGGAGGAAGGUUUACUCCCUGGGUGGUAUUCGCAAGCUUAUAGAACUUCUGAACGCACAGAAUGUGGACGUCCAAAGGGCAGCAUGUGGUGCCUUGAGGAACCUGGUGUAUGAAGACAAUGACAACAAACUGGAAGUGUCAGAGCUGAGAGGGAUCCCUAUUCUCCUGAGACUAUUGCAGCAAACCAGAGAUGUGGAGACCAAAAAACAAAUUACAGGUUUGUUAUGGAACCUGUCCUCCAACGACCAGCUAAAGAAUGUGUUGAUCCGAGAGGCCUUGCAGCCACUGACAAACACUGUUCUCAUUCCUUACUCGGGCUGGCCUGACAGAGAUUAUCCCAAAUCAGGCAUUGUUCCUGACCCUGAUAUCUUCUACAAUGCCACAGGCUGCCUGAGAAACAUGAGCUCUGCUGGCCCUGAAGGGAGGAAACAGAUGAGAGAAUGCAAUGGGUUGAUUGAAUCGCUUGUGUAUUACAUCCAAGGAACCACUGCAGAUCACCAACCAGAUGACAAGGCCACAGAGAACUGUGUGUGCAUUCUUCAUAAUCUCUCCUACCAACUGGAGUCAGAGCUCCCCAGCAGUUACGUCCAGAAGCUCUACACACAAAAGAGAGAUGUUCCUUCUCAUGAGAACAGCAUUGGAUGCUUUGGAACAAGGAGCAGGAAAGCCAAACAGAAUCAACAAGACCUGCUGAUGCCUGAGGAAAGGAGUGUCCCCAGAGGGGUGGAGACACUCUGGCAUUCCACCCUGAUAAGGAUAUACCUGUCAUUAAUAGCAAAAAGCACAAGGAACUAUACUCAGGAAGCAUCCCUGGGAGCUCUGCAGAACCUCACAGCUGGCACUGGACCAAUGCCAUUUGGGGUAGCUCAGAUGAUAGUCAAGAAGGCAAAUGGCCUUCCGAGUAUUCGGAACAUGCUACAUGUGAGCACUUCAAGUGUUAGAAAAACAGCCGUCUGCUUGCUCAAGAACGUGUCUCGUAAUGCCUCCCUGCAGAACGAAAUAGCCAGAGAAAUCAUGCCUGAUCUGCUUUCCAUGCUUCCGGAUUCUGCCCCGACAUCUGAUGAUGCCAAUGAGACAACAGCAUCUGCUUGCUAUGCUUUAUUGAACCUGACUCAAAACAGCUCCCAGAAUGCUCAGCUUCUCUUGAACUCAAAUGGCAUCUCUAAGAUUAUAAACCUCAGCAUGAGUGACAGCAAAGCUAGUAAAGCUGCUUCAGUCCUCCUGCGCUCUUUAUGGUAUCACACUGACCUCCACAAUGCCUACAAAAAGCAUAAUUUAAAGAAGAGUGAUUUCAUCAAUAACCGGACAAGAGUUUACAAUUCCCUGAAAGACUGAAAAGGAAGCUACACAGAUCUUACACACGGAAGAAACUGUAUGGACAGCAUUGCAGCCAUAUCUUCUACAUCAGUUCCCCAACAAGAGCUGCAUCACAUCAUCCAAGGGAAACUGGUUUUAUAUAUGCAGCAGAAGACUAGAAGAAAGUGCCCCCAUCUCAAUAUUAUUUGCUUAUGUCACUGCUUCUCACGCCUUUUGAGCUCAAGACUCAUUUGUCAAUCUUGAGGCAACCAAAGCUGCAACUAGUAAAUAAUUUUAGUACAAGGUCUGAAACUGACAACAGUUGACUCAUUAUUCCAAUCCAAUUUGGGACACUAAUCCUUUGGACAUCAAUAUCCUUGUUUUAUAUUAUGAGAUACUAAUAAUGAAAAAAGUUGUGAAUUCCUGUUGAAUAUUUUUAUGUAUUUUGUUUUUGAUAAACUUCCUAUUAAUCGGUACUUCAUAUAAAACUGUCUCUAAUCUACAAGCAUUUCUGCAGGUCUUUUGAAUAUAAAUACAUAGACAAAUUCUUUGUAGACUCUCUUGAAACAUGAAAUUUUUUCAGGUUGUAAUUAUUUAGCAAUUUGUCAUUGUCUCAUGCAUUUGUGUUUGCUAAAACUUAAUUUUCUAGCAUGGUGGAACUUAAAGAAUGUACUAAAUUAGCUAUUUUUAAAUAACAACAAACCUGGAAUUAUCUUUCUGUGUUUUUUUAGACUUCCACACCCUGAGUUCACUGUAAAAUUGCUACUUUACAUUA